AUGGCUGAUCCUAGCAACAAACGCAACGCCAAAGACGACGGUGCUGCUGAAAAGCAACAACAAGCCAAACGUAUCAAGGUCGGCGAGACUCGCAAGAGCACCGAUGUUUUUAUGGUACCCCAGGCACCCAAGGUUCCAAAGACAGAGAUCGAAAAGGAAAAUUCACGCAGAUUGAUUGUCGUUCUCGAACAAGCAACACUCGAAACACUUAAAAUUGGCAAAAACAAAGAAGGCAAUUAUCAAUUGCUUAAUGUCGACGAUCACUUGCACAUUUUGAAAAAGAACAAUCGCGAAACAUAUGAAGCCAGACCGGAUAUUCUGCAUCAGUGUCUUUUAACGCUACUGGACAGUCCCAUCAACAAGGCAGGUUUGCUGCAAGUCUAUAUCCAUACCCAAAAGAACGUGUUGAUUGAAGUCAACCCACAUAUCAGAAUUCCGAGAACGUUCAAGCGAUUUGCCGGUUUGAUGGUUCAAUUGUUGCAUAAAUUGAGCAUUCGAGCUGUGAACGGAAACGAAAAGUUGCUGCGAGUGAUUGAAAACCCAGUCGAGAAGUAUUUCCCUACCAACUGUCAUAAAAUAGCUCUUUCAUGGGACGCUCCAUCAGUACGAUUAUCAGAAUACAUGCCUUCGAUUCCGAAAGACAAAAAUAUCGUUGUAGCUGUCGGUGCCAUGGCUCACGGUACGGAUGAUUUCGCCGAUUCCUAUGUGGAUGACAAGAUCAGUGUGUCCGAGUACUCUUUAUCAGCAUCCGUGGCUUGUGGCAAGCUCGCUGGUGCUGUCGAGGAGAUGUGGGGUAUUUUGUAA